AUGGCUACUCAUGUCGUCACCGCUACCACUACCUCUCCCACCCCUUCCGGCAACCAAUUCUCCGUCUACGGGCAACCUUCCCCUGUGAAUUCGGCCACCGCCACUCCCUCCAACAACUCACCGACUUCUCCGCGGCAACAAUAUCUACCGCUCAAUAACCGUCAAUUGCGCCCGCCCAAGGCCCCCUUGUAUGUUCCCGCGGCCUUGCGCCCGACAGAGCGCCCGCAGAAGCAUUCGCCCCCAACUCCUCCACGCAGUGUCCAUGGCUCCCUCGACAGCCUGAACGAUGGAGAGGAGCAGACCGUCAGUAGCCGUCGCUCCACCAUGGACAGCACCACCAGCGCAGGAGUGAGUAGACUGGCUGAGAACGAGUGGAUGCGACAUGAACAUCUGGGCCAAGUUACCGGUCUUCCCACGCGGGAUCAUUGGAAGGCUGAUGCAGCUUCACCCAACUGCGACUCCCCCACCUGCCGCUCCUCCUUUGGAAUCUUCCUCCGUCGGCAUCACUGCCGCCACUGUGGGCAUGUCUUUUGCUCCUCUCACACCCCCUUCCACGUCCCCCUCGACCAGUCCGCCCGCUUCCACCCCGACGGGGUGCCGUCGCGGGCAUGCGACCUUUGUUGGCACGCCUUCCAGCGCUGGGAAGAGUCCCGCUCCGACCGUCUGAAUAAGAUCCAAGGCGCGAUUGACGAGCAGUCCUCCAGCUCUGGCUCCGAACGUGACCCCUCCGAGACUCAAGAAUCCUCGCCGGUCGAGGGCCCUCGAGCCAAACUGGCCGCGAUGCUUGGUCCCAACCCCACCGAGAUAGCCGCGAGCGUUCCGCGCGGCUGGAACUGGAGUACCUUUUAA